UCUCCCCAUGACACCACCUGGACGUCUCUACCUCCGGAGGGUGCUUGGCGCCCCCCUCCUCUUCCUCCUGGGGCUGCUGCUGGCCCUGCUGCUGGGGGCUCAGGGACUCCCUCGUGUUGGCCUCUCACCCUCAGCUGCCCGGACUGCCCAUGAGCACCCUCAGAAGCAUUUCUCCCAUGGCACCCUCAAGCCUGCUGCUCACCUUGUUGGAGACCCCAGCAUGCAGAACUCACUGCGCUGGAGAGCAAAUACGGAUCGUGCCUUCCUCCGACAUGGCUUCUCUUUGAACAACAACUCCCUCCUGGUUCCCACCAAUGGCCUCUACUUUGUUUACUCCCAGGUGGUGUUCUCUGGGGAAAGCUGUUCCCCCAAUGUCAUCCCCACCCCUCUCUACCUAGCUCAUGAGGUUCAGCUCUUCUCCUCCCAGUACCCCUUCCAUGUGCCUCUUCUCAGUGCUCAGAAAUCUGUGUGCCCAGGGCCACAGGGACCUUGGGUGCGCUCAGUGUACCAGGGGGCUGUGUUCUUGCUCACGAAGGGAGAUCAGCUAUCCACCCACACAGACGGCAUCUCCCAUCUACAUUUCAGCCCCAGUAGUGUCUUCUUCGGAGCUUUUGCUCUGUAGAACUUGGAAAAAUCCAGAAAAGAAAAAUUAUAUUUCAAGCCCUUCUCUCCCAUUUUGCCUCCAUCCUGAGCAUUUCAAGAGUCACAGCACCUCUCCUUUGCCCAUUCCAACAGUCUCAAGUCUUC